GCAGUUGCGUUUUAUUGCACACAAGUAGCAACAAGGCUAUUAGAAUAAUGUAUUUAACGAUAUUCUCGUGCUUAGCACUUUGUGUAGGUAUAGUGUAUUUAUAUUUAAAAUGGAAGUUCACCUAUUGGAAACGGGCAGGACUGGAAUACUUAGAGCCCGAUCUAAUUUACGGUAACAUUAAAGAUAUGGUUCAACAGAAGAUAUCUAUGGGAGAACAGUUUCGUAAUAUAUAUAAUCAAUUUAAAGCGCAAGGACUAAAGCAUGGUGGUAUAUACUUUUUCUUCUUUCCUACCUAUGUUCCUGUUGACUUGGAUAUUAUUAAAAAUAUUUUUAUACGAGAUUUUGAAUAUUUUGUGAAUCAUGGUGUGUACAAAAAUGAAGAGUUUGAUCCUCUUUCUGGACAUCUGUUUGCUUUGGAAGAUGAUAAAUGGAGAAAACUUAGAGCCAAAUUGUCACCUACGUUUACAACUGGAAAAAUUAAAAUGAUGUUUCAAACACUUUGUUCUACAUCUAAGGGAUUAUAUGAAGUUUUAGAAGAUCAUGCUAAAUUUAAUGAAGUAUUGGAUAUAAAAGACGUAGUAGCCAGAUUUACAACUGAUGUCAUAGCAUCAAUUGGAUUUGGAUUAGAAUGUAAUUCUCUAAAAAAUCCAAACGAAGAAUUUAGGCAUAAAGGACGCAAGUUAUUUGAUUUAAGUGCCAUUGAACGUUUCAAAGAGAUACUUACGUUUAUAUUACCGCUGAAACUUAUAAAUUUUCUUAAUAUAAAGCAAUUUCCUAAUGACGUUAACAACUUUUUUCUGAACGUAGUACAAAAAACUAUAGACUAUAGGGAAAAAAAUAUGAUUAGCCGAAAGGACUUUAUGCACUUGCUGCUGCAAUUGAAAAAAUCGGGAAAAGUUGCCGACGACAAGUUUAUAUUCAAGCAAGAGAGUGAAAAAGAUGGCGCUAAUUUUAUAACUUUUAAUGAACUGGCAGCGCAGUGUUUAAUAUUUUUUGUUGCUGGUUUUGAAACGUCAUCAACUGCUGUAAGUUUUGCUUUGUUGGAGUUGGCUAGAAACCAAGAUAUUCAGAAAAAACUUAGGGAUGAAAUUAAAACUGUGAUAAAUAAGCACAAUAAUGAGUUGACUUACGAUGCAAUAAUGGAAAUGAAAUAUUUAGAACAAGUGAUUUAUGAAACUCUUAGAAAACAUCCACCUACUCCAAAUCUUCCAAGAAAAUGUACUAAAGAUUAUACCGUUCCUGGAACUAGUGUAACGAUUAAAAAGGGAAUGCAAGUUAUUAUUCCAAUACUGGCUAUUCAGAAUGAUCCAGAUGUUUAUCCAGAUCCUGAAAAAUUUGAUCCGGAUCGGUUUACAGAUGAAAAUAAAGCCAAAAGACACCCAGCAGCAUUCUUAACAUUUGGGGAGGGUCCUCGAUAUUGCUUAGGAGCUCGCCUUGGUUUGAUGCAAACCAAAGUAGCAUUAAUCACAUUUAUUAACAAUUUUCAAGUGGACGUGCACACAAGAACCAAACUUCCUGUACAAUACAUUUCCCAACGAUUUAUUCUGGCAAUGGAGGGUGGUAUAUGGUUGUCAAUUUCUAAACUGAAAUAAAACUUUUACACGU